GCCGCCCUCCCCCGCCCUUCCGCUCGGCUCUCCCAGCUCGGGGCUGAAUGGCCGACCCCGACGCGGCGCGUGUGGAGGAGGUGGCUGUCCGGCUCCCCGAGCCCAGGCGACCCGCCCUCCUCCGGCUCGUGAGGGGAGCGGCUACCCCGCCGGCCUGAGCUCUCUCCCUGGCCGCCGCGGCUCCUUCCCGGGGACAAUAUGUUCAAGAGAAUGGCGGAAUUUGGACCUGACUCCGGCGGGAGAGUGAAGGGGGUUACCAUCGUUAAGCCAAUCGUUUAUGGCAAUGUUGCCAGGUACUUUGGAAAGAAGAGAGAAGAAGACGGGCACACUCACCAGUGGACUGUGUACGUGAAGCCCUACAGAAACGAGGAUAUGUCAGCAUAUGUGAAGAAGAUCCAGUUUAAAUUACACGAAAGCUACGGCAAUCCUCUAAGAGUCGUCACCAAGCCUCCAUAUGAAAUCACAGAAACAGGAUGGGGUGAAUUUGAAAUCAUCAUCAAGAUAUUUUUCAUUGACCCCAACGAGAGACCUGUGACUCUGUACCACUUACUGAAGCUCUUCCAGUCUGACACCAAUGCCAUGCUGGGGAAGAAAACAGUGGUUUCAGAGUUCUAUGACGAAAUGAUAUUUCAAGACCCAACGGCAAUGAUGCAGCAGCUGCUUACGACGUCUCGCCAGCUGACAUUGGGAGCCUAUAAGCACGAAACAGAGUUUGCAGAACUUGAAGUGAAAACCAGAGAAAAAUUAGAAGCUGCCAAGAAAAAAACAAGCUUUGAGAUUGCGGAGCUUAAGGAGAGAUUAAAAGCAAGUCGUGAAACUAUAAACUGUUUAAAAAAUGAAAUCAGGAAGCUUGAAGAAGACGAUCAGACGAAAGACAUUUGAGCAACUGGCGGUAAGUCGGCUGCAGAGCCGGGGCGCCGCGGAGGGACUUGCCACAGACGCUGCGGUGUUUCUGGGAGGAGCUGCGAGCGCGGUCCCCAGCCGGCCGUGGCUUUCUCAGAGAGGACUCCAGGUACCCACACUGUCAGGCUGCCUCCCGGGGCACAUGUGUGCUCUAAGACUCGAUGCUGGGUAGCAUUCCACGACGUUAAGCACAACUUUUAAAGUGUUUGUUUUGUUUUAAAUUGAACUCUAUGUGUAGUUUAUCCUCCUCAGGCAGGCGUAGCGGUUGUGUUGUAAAGUCUAACGUGUGCGGGUUUUGUACCUCUCUCCUAGGUAGGAUUAGUGACUGGUAUGUGUGUUUAGUUCUUCAGGUCCACAUCUGCCCCGGUCUACCUCUUUUGUAUAUGAUGUAUCUAGGAAGUGUUUAAUAAAUGUAGUUUACUGCUCCUGUGUCUGCCUCUUGUGACUUCUCCAAUCACUUUACCGCCUUGUGUUUGCAAAUAAAUGUUAUUCUUUGAGAAUUUUA